AUGCAGUGUGAACAACAGGUUACAGCAGAACCAGUCGUUGCAGAUGUAAAGAAAGAAGAGCAACAUGAUACCCCUAUAAAACCAGAAGAACAAACAACAGUGUUGCUUCAACAAGAACAGCCCAUGGUACCCUUACAACAACAACAACAGCAACAACCAUUACAAACAACUUUAGUGACUACAAAAGUACCAGUAUCAACACCUGAUACUUCUACAAUAACAACAACUGCAACAGAGUUGAUACCUCCUGAAUCAACGAUUAGCACAAUUACGACGUUUGAAGAGAUUCAAAAGCAACUUAAAAGCACACUAGAUCACAUUGAACAAAGAAACAUGGUAAGCGGCUUUCAGACACUAAGCAAAGCGACUGCUGCUGUCGUCGAACACUGUGAACAGCUAGGCCUUACAUCCGACGAUCAUCCUUAUAACGCUAUUGACCGAGAGCAAUUCUGGGCUGGGCUCAACAAUUGCUGGUUAUACGCACUUGCACAGAGACAAGAACCAAGUAGUGAUACAGAGCGAUUGACAGAUCAACAUCUUUAUAAUUUACGGGAUAUGGUCGUGACUUGGGCGGAUAAGCUAGAGCGGUAUGGAUUAGUGGAUUAUGAGAUGGGUUGGUGGGAGGCAGACAUAUUGGCUGCUAUCGAUGGUAUCUUGGCCAUGAAUUAUGCUGCUGCUCAAGCGGCUGCCCAAACUGUCGUGGCACAAGCUGCGGCGGCAUUAUUUGGUGAUGAAGUGAAUUUAUAG